ACGUCCAGUGUUCUUUCAUAAAGCUUAACCAACCCUUUGAGAGCAGAGACACUAUGAGCUGAUUUGACAAAAAUGGACACUAGGGAACAGAGACCUUAGGGCACAAUGUGAAAGUCACACAGCUGAGGAGAGGCAGAGCUGAGACUCAAACCCACAUCCGUCUUUCAGAAAGUAUCUCUGAUUUGAGAAGAUCGACCAUGAAUGCACCCCACUAUUUUCCCUCCCCCAAAACUACAUAGGCUACACUGGGGGGGGGUGUCUUGAUAUCUCUCUCCCACUCCUCUACACUAAGAACAUGUUGAAAGCCUUUAUUUAGUUGGCACACUGUUAUAUAAAAGUCCAGCUUGCCCUUCUCUUGUGGAUUGCAUGCGGGAUGGGAGGGCUUUGUCUUGCUUCAGAAUCUGGGGUCCAGGGCUGUGCUGGGCCAUCUGUGUCUGUGUCUGGAUCCAUCACCUCAUGAGGGCUGAUUUGGGGCAUCACUCGCCAAAUCAGCAUUCAGUGACAUCAUGUUGGUGGCUUAAAGUCGGCCAUAGUGGGAGUAUUUGCAUCAUGGAAAUAGGAAAACCCUGGAAAUCGGAACUGCAGUCUCCCUUCCCAAAGACCUGUUUCCAGCACAUCACUGCCCAAGACUGGCCACAGAAGAAUCACCUAGAAUUCAUUAAUAGGAGGAAAAGCUGCACCACAGGGCAGCUCUGUCCCCUAAAAUAAAUGACUAUGAGAGAAGAAGUAUGUGCUGUGUGCCCUGAUGACAGGAGCCCUAUCUCUGAGCAUAGUAUUCUUUGGCAGUGUGGUUGCAGCAGUACCUGCUGAGCACAGAUUCCAAAUGUAAGAGGUUCAUCUCCACCUCCCUAAUGUCCUAGAUCAAGGACAUUUGUGGAAGUUGUCUCUCUUCUCAGGAACCACUGGUGUCCUGAAAACCCUGUCAAUACACAUUUGUCCAAGUGUUGACUCAGGGUCAUUUGGUCCUGCUGCAACCUGAGUUUCUAGUUUGCCUUCCUCUGACCUCCAGGUCCUUUAUCCUCACAUGUUUUCUCCUCUUGGGUCAUUUUAAAUUGAGUGACAGUCCUUGGAUCCCACCUACACAAAUGCACCUGGCCUCAUGUGUCCUGGAAGGUUGAAAGGAGGUCCUUAACAGGACUUGGAUCCUAAGUGUGGGGCGUGUGUGUGUCUGUGUGUGUGUCUGUGUGUGUAAAGCUGUUAUCUUUCUACUUUAUUUCCUCUCAUCCAUUUUGUGAAAACUCCCCUGCCCUCAAUGCCUUUUCCAUGAGAACAUCGAGUACUGUCUCUAAUAUUUUAUUCAUUCAUUCAUUCAUUCAUUGGAUUGGUCAGGGUGUAACUGACUGAGAGUGAAAUCAACGCUCUGCAUCUGAGGAUGUAUUAGUACUUCCUGGUUUCCAUAGAAAGCUAACAUCAGGGAGAACAUUUUGAUGAUAUUCUGGUUUCCAUGACAACUGGGGUAAGCCAUUCCUUCCCGGAGACAGAAACAUUUAACGAGGAUAUUUACAGACUGGAGAGAUGGAGUAACUGUAGAAACAUCGAGACUAGUCGGUGUCUGCUAUCAAUAUUGACAUUAGAGGUGCAUACGUCCUGGGUAUCUAUCUACAUUUGACGUCAUUUGAUCCCUGGAAGGACAGCGCACCUCAGAAGCACAGAGCAGAAUAAAGGGUCUGCUGGACACGCAGUUGGAGCGUAUGAAUCAACAGAUGUAGCUCACAGAACCACACCUCCCAGGAUUUACGUGGCAUUCAUACUCUCCAAUAUAGUCCAUUCAAAACACAGGCUCCAGCGACCCUGGGAGAUUCAGGUGAAGAAAGACAGGCCACAUAAGGUGUAAACCCUUUGUGGUCCUAGGCCAAAAGGUGUGGUGAAGAACAUUGCUUUAGGGAACACCUACCAUGGCUGUGGGUAUGACGGCCAGACCCUUCAACCUCUAUUAAUUCCGUCUUGAGAGGAAACUCAAAUCAUAAUGGCUGCUGAGUAUAUCCUAUGCAAUUGGAAAGGCCACAUUUGGCCAGCAAAGGUUUUGUCCAGAUCUGGGAUCUCACCAAAAUAUAUGAGGAAAAGAGCACUUUCUCUAGAAGUUCAAAUACUCUCAGUAGGUAAAAAAAUUAAAGUGAAAAGCACAGACAUAAAGCUCCUAAAUGAGUCUCAAAUUGAAUCCGUUACCUCUAUGCUUGUGGCCCAGUCAAAGGCCAGUGUUCCACCAGGACAGAAAGUGGCCUACAGAAAUGCUCUUAAAGUGGCACUGGAGAUCCUGAAUAAGAGAGCAAAUUUCGGUCCAGCAAGAGCAUCAGAUGGUCUAGAGACCACUACACCAUCUCAAAGGGGACCACAAAUGCAAGCUCGUAAAAAGUACCGGAAGCCUAAAGGUACCUUACUGAGGAGUCUUAGGAAAAGAAAAAACCUCAAAUCGCUGCUGGUGUGUUCACAGAAUAAAAACACCCCAGACAGUGGCCGAUCACAGGCGCACACAACCAUCAUGCAUACACUAAGGGAAAGGCGAGCAAAGUCCUCGCGAAGCUGCAGCAUGUCCUCAAAGUUCCCAUCACUUUCGGAAGAUGAUCGUAAGACAGGAGGCCGACCACACGCACACACAAUGGCCACGCAUACUCUAAGGGAAAGGCGAGCAAAGUCCUCGCGAAGCUGCAGCGUGUGCUCAAAGUUCUCAUCACUUUCGGAAGAUGUUCAUAAGACAGGAGGCCGACCACACGUGCACACAACGGUCACGCGCACUCUAAGGGAAAGGCGAGCAAAGUCCUCGCGAAGCUGCAGCGUGUGCUCAAAGUUUCCAUCACCUUCAGAAGAUGAUCAUAAGACAGGAGGCCGACCACACGCGCACACAACGGUCACGCGUACACUAAGGGAAAGGCGAGCAAAGUCCUCGCGAAGCUGCAGCGUGUGCUCAAAGUUCUCAUCACUUUCAGAACAUGAUCAUAAGACAGGAGGUCAACCACACGUGCACACAACGGUCACACGCACUCUAAAGGAAAGGCGAGCAAAGUCCUCGCGAAGCUGCAGCGUGUCCUCAAAGUUCUCAUCACUUUCGGAAGAUGUUCAUAAGACAGGAGGCCGACCACACAUGCACACAACGGUCACGCGCACUCUAAGGGAAAGGCGAGCAAAGUCCUCGCGAAGCUGCAGCGUGUGCUCAAAGUUUCCAUCACUUUCAGAAGAUGAUCAUAAGACAGGAGGCCGACCACACGCGCACACAACGGUCACGCGUACACUAAGGGAAAGGCGAGCAAAGUCCUCGCGAAGCUGCAGCGUGUGCUCAAAGUUUCCAUCACCUUCAGAAGAUGAUCAUAAGACAGGAGGCCGACCACACGUGCACACAACGGUCACACGCACUGUAAGGGAAAGGCAAGCAAAGUCCUCGCGAAGCUGCAGCGUGUGCUCAAAGUUUCCAUCACUUUCAGAAGAUGAUCAUAAGACAGGAGGCCGACCACACGUGCACACAACGGUCACGCGUACACUAAGGGAAAGGCGAGCAAAGUCCUCGCGAAGCUGCAGCGUGUGCUCAAAGUUUCCAUCGCUUUCAGAAGAUGAUCAUAAGACAGGAGGCCGACCACACGCGCACACAACGGUCACGCGUACACUAAGGGAAAGGCGAGCAAAGUCCUCGCGAAGCUGCAGCGUGUGCUCAAAGUUCUCAUCACUUUCAGAACAUGAUCAUAAGACAGGAGGUCAACCACACGCACACGCAACGGUCACGUGUACUCUAAAGGAAAGGCGAGCAAAGUCCUCGCGAAGCUGCAGUGUGUCCUCAAAGUUCCCAUCACUUUCAGAAGAUGAUCAUAAGACAGGAGGCAAAGGAAAUAGGGACACAUCAAGAGGUAUGUCUUUGCAUCGCACAGUCAAAGAGAAGGGUACAAGUGCUAAAGAUGGAGGCAUCCUUCCACCUUUGUCACCAAGCUUCAACCUCACUUUGCCCAAAGCUCACAAAGAAGAGGCACAUGACACCUACCCAAGGACCCUGGCUGUCUCCUCUGAAAGCUCUGCCUUCUUGGGGAAUGUUGAGGACCAUGGAGAGGUUGCCUGGAAGCCAGGCUUGGAAGGUGCAGCAGCAUCCUCCAGUGCCCCUAAACAGAGGCGGUGUUAUUCACUCGGUCUGGCAAAUAGAAAAAGGAAGCUGCAGGUGACAGAGUUUGAGAAAGGGCUGCAAGAACUUCAACCUUCAGUCAACUCAAAGGCUAUUAACCCCACCACCCCUAUUAAAAAGAAUGCCAACAAAGAAAUGGGACAAGUGGCAAGCAUGGGUUUUCCACAAGAGCCUUGUCCCAUUGAAGGAGGAAUGAUGGUCUGGUUCAAAUUUCAGGAUCACCCAUUUUGGCCUGCAGUAGUAAAGAGUGUCAGCCAAACAGAGCAGACUGCAAGGGUGCUUUUGGUUGAGGCAAACAUGCACUGUGAAAUGAGUGGCAUUCGAGUUCCUCUUCGAAGAUUAAAGCACCUGGAUUGUAAAGAGAAAGAAAAACUAAUAAAGAGAGCCAGGAAAUUGUACGAGCAAAGUGUGAACUGGUGCUUCUCCCUGAUUGCCCACUACAGAGAAAGCCUCAGGCGAGGUUCUUUUGCAGGCAGUUUCCUGGACUAUUAUGCUGCUGACAUCAGUUACCCAAUUAGGAAAGCCAUCCAAGACAGGGAUCUGGAGAUUGAUUUCCCAAAGGUGAAUUAUGCCGACCUGGAAGAUUCUGAGGAGGAGACCUCCCUGGACGGGAAGAGGCCCUGCAAGAAAAUUCUCCCUGACCGGAUGAAGGCUGCUCAGGACCGAGCCAACCAGAAGCUAGUGGACUUCAUCGUGAAAACAAAGGGGGCCGAUCACCAUCUUCUGGACAUUGUCCAAGGCAGGAAACAGUCCAGGUGGCUGGUAUCAUUUAGGAAUUCGAGCAGGUACGUGAUCUGCGUUGAAACAUACCUGGAGGACGAAGACCAGUUGGAUGUGGUGGUAAGACAUUUACAAGAAAUCUACAAACAAAUAGACAAGAAAACGCUGAAUCUGGUAAGGGAUGACAAAGUGAGUUUUGUUCUGGAAGUUCUUCUGCCAGAAGCAAUCAUUUGUUCAAUUGCUGCACUUGAUGGAUUGGAUUACAAGGAGGCAGAAAAAAAGUACCUACAGGGGCCACCUGUGCAUUACCGGGAAAAAGAGCUAUUUGAUAAAAAUAUCCUAAAGAAAAUAAGAAAGAGAUAAGCAACAAGGAGCAAGACUAAUUAACUCCCCCUGUACCCACACUUUAGCAGGAAGACCUCUCAUUACCCUGUCUGUAUGAAAUGUGUGAUCGUUCCGCUCUCUAUGGCAUGUAAAUAUGUUCUGGAAAUUUGAGACCUUGGGAAUAUGCUGGAUUCAUUUUGGAUCCAUCUCUAGCACUUGUGGGUAGCACAGUCAUCAUCUUUUCUAGUACCCAAAUGCCUCACAAAUUAAUUUGUUAAAAUAUUGCAAACAGUUGUACUUCCCUCUACUUGCUUGGAUGUGUUAACUGUCCAGAUGUUUUCCUAACAUGGCUUUUAACCGUACUUCAUAUUUUAAUAUAGCACACACACAUUAUUUUAUUACAUGAAAGAGCACUGGUAUCAAACAUUAAGCAACAAUCAUUUUUAAAAUCCAAGAUAGAUUCUUACAGAAACAAUCUGCAAUCUCUCAUUCUUUUUGUGACACCUGAGUAUAAAUGAUUGGGUUCCUUCUUAAGAUAAUUCCUGAAUUUUUUCUGCCAUGCUUGUUUGUUUGGGAAAAAUAGCCCUGAGAGCUGAAACCAAUGACAGAGAUGUUUUCUAUAUAUUAUCACUACCUUCAAAUGGUUCUUGCAAAAGCAGUCUGGAAUCCAAAGUUAAUGGAUCAUUUGCACAUAGUCCACACGUGGGUGAAUGAAAUCUCAAUGUGCAGUAAACAUUUUGCCAGCCUGUGAAAGAUUGUUAAACUCUACAUUUCCCUGAGAUUCCACUUACGGAAGUAGCUCUUGUUCAAUGGCUGAAUGGUUUCCUUAAAACAGACAGGCUCCUGGCUGUCUUCUUAACUGACUGGAUCCUUUGCGUAUACUGGUUUAUCCCCAUGUGGAUGACAACUAGACUAAUCGUACACACCGUUUACCUAUUUUAGACCUAGGAGUCCAGGCUCACUGCUAAGAGCCCGUCUGGCACAAAUUGUAGGAAAGCUCGCAUUUUGCUCUGGACCUGUGUGCCCUAAAAUGCAGUCGUUUGUCUGAAGCUAAGCAAGCUUUCUCUUUUGACUUAUUCAUUGACUAACCCUGACAGGUUCCAACAGUUAUGCAGGCUGGAAAGUCAUUCCAGGCUGCUUGAGCAAUAGAUGGACCUGGAUCUGGGAACUUGGAAAUGGGCUACAGAAAAGUAUCCGUUUGGCUAAAUAUGGCUGUUGUCAGAAUACAAUGAAACAUAUGUAACUAAAAGAUAAAUUCUGAAGCCCAUGAAUUGUUAUCCUACUUGAAACAAGAGUUUUUUGAGACAAAAAAUGUUGGGAAAGCUAGUUUACUUUUAAAACUUGUUGUGAAAAUAAACACUAAAGGUUUAAUAUACACCUGAGUGCAUUUUUAUUCUCAGAGAGAGUCAACUGUCACUCACAGGCCCAUGUUAUGUGUCCACAUGGCCAUGUGAUUUGUGUGUGUGUAAAAUUUUCAAGAGCUAGCUGUUUUGAUUCACAAUAAAACCACUGUAUCUUUCACCUUGAA